AUGAGGGUCUCAGCCGGCCUUAUGAUCGGUGGCUCGUGUGUGGCCACUGCUGCCACCGUACUGAAUGCAUUCGUCAUCAACAAGCAGUUUUAUCCAUCUAUCGUAUAUCUUUCGAAGAGCAAUGCUAGUAUGGCAGUUCUAUAUUUCCAAGGAAUAGUACUAGUUUAUCUAAUGUUCCAACUUCUCAAAUCUAUCCUUUUCGGAGACUUGCGAGCUGCUGAAGCGGAACACCUUUCGGAGCGAACAUGGCAUGCGGUUUUGGAAACAUGUCUCGCUUUCACAGUUUUCCGUGACGAUUUUUCCGCAAUGUUCGUCAUGCAAUUCAUUGGACUUCUUUUCAUAAAAUGUUUCCAUUGGCUCGCAGACGACAGAGUGGAUAUGAUGGAACGAAGUCCUGUGAUAACACUCCGAUUCCAUCUCCGAAUGAUGACUGUUCUGGCUGCUCUAGGAUUUGCGGAUUCUUACUUUGUGUCUAGUGCAUACUUUUCGACGAUCACAAAAGGAGCCAGUUCUCAGAUCGUAUUUGGAUUCGAAUAUGCGAUACUUCUAGCUUUGGUGCUCCAUGUCACCAUCAAGUACUUGUUGCAUAUGCACGACCUGCGAAAUCCUCAGUCAUGGGACAACAAAGCAGUGUACUUACUUUAUGCUGAACUUCUCAUCAACCUGAUCCGUUGUGUUCUUUAUGGAUUCUUCGCCGUCAUCAUGCUUCGUGUUCACACAUUCCCUCUAUUCUCUGUUCGCCCAUUCUAUCAAUCUGUUCGAGCACUUCACAAAGCAUUCCUUGAUGUCAUUCUAUCGAGGCGAGCUAUCAAUGCAAUGAACAGUCAAUUCCCUGUUGUAUCGAAUGAUGAGCUAUCAGCGAUGGACGCAACUUGUAUCAUUUGUCGGGAAGAAAUGACAGUUGAAUCAUCACCGAAACGUCUGCCGUGUUCUCAUGUAUUCCAUGCUCAUUGUCUUCGUAGUUGGUUCCAGAGACAACAGACAUGUCCAACAUGUCGUACGGAUAUUUGGCAAGGACGAAAUGGUGCUGCCGGAGGAGCCAACGCAGGUGGAGCAGCUGAAAAUAACGCUGCGGGCGCACCACCAGCCGCGGGGAUUCCCCCAUUUUUGCCAUUCUUGGGACAUCAAUUCGGAUUCCCCCAAGCUGCUGCUGGAGCACAAGUAGGUGGUGCACAAGCUGGCGGACACCCUGGGCCAUUCCCACAUCAAAUUUUCUAUGCGCCAGCUCCAGCGAAUCGGCCAGAAUUCAUGAAUCUUGCCCCUCCCCCAAUGCCAAUGGCAGGACCGCCUGGAAUGUUCCCUAUGAUGCCACCUCCACCUAUCCCACAACCAAACGCUGCACCCGGCGAAUCUUCGAAUGCUGAGCCACCAGGAAGGCCUAACUUCGAUAGAUUCAGCGUGGAAGAGCUUCAUCGAAUGGAGGGAGACAUGCGAGAUGCUAUUCUUGCCAGAAUUCAAGCUAUGGAGAACAUUAUGGUUAUUUUGGAAUCCGCUCAAGUCCAAAUGGUUCAACUGGCUGCUAUAACACCACUCAGACGUCCAGUUCCUACAGCUGAAGCUUCGGAAGAAGAGACCGCCACAGCUUCAAGUGUGCCAACUUCUGUUCCAUCUGAGGAACCGUCUCCAGCACCAUCCACUCCUGAAACGGCAUCCGCCCCGCGUUCUAUGUUCCGUGGCAACUUAUUCAACGAUACACAGUCUACUUCAACUCCUUCUACGUCGGCUGGCCCGCAACCUUCUUUAACCCCAUCGACGUCUUCAGUUCCUUCUACUUCAUCAGUUAGAACUCCCGAAGCAGACGAAGUCCGUCAACGUAGACUUGCUCAUUUGAACGCCCGAUUCCCGCCACCAAAUCCUGAACAUGAAUAA